GGGAAACUCCGACUCCUCGUAGUGCUAGUCCUCCCUUUUACGGGGGAAACCACCGCGUGUCCGUCAGUCGAGCUGAACUCAAAAACAACCGUCAACUAGGCGACUGUCAAAUGCGCCACGUAUCCGGAUUAUCGAUCAAACAGCAGCGACUUUACGCCAAUUUCUGGGUCUCCGUUUUUGGCGCAGACACAUAUUGGAAUUCAAAGGCUGCGGAACGGUAAUCGCAGAGCUGCACUUGCGGCAUUUUCUUGGAGUAGCUAAGUCAGGAUAAUACCAAUAUGGAUGACCGCACCAUAGACUCCAUAUUCUUGGGCUCUCUGGAGUCCCUGCCGCCGGUUAGCUCGAAAAUCGUGCGCAUCUUCACCAGCUCCACGUUCACGGACACCACCAUGGAGCGGAACACACUGAUGGCCAAGUGCUAUCCGCGGAUCAAGGACUACUGUCGCGAGAAGCACGGCCUGGAGUUUCAGGUGGUGGACAUGCGUUGGGGCGUUCGAGAUGAGGCCACCGACGAUCACAUGACCACGGAGCUCUGCAUGCGAGAGAUCAAGAACUGUCAGCGACUCUCGAUGGGACCUAACUUCAUCGUCUUUCUGGGCCAGAAGUACGGCUACCGGCCCAUUCCCACGUACAUUGUGUCCUCCGAGCUGGCCCUAAUCUGCGAGGAGCUGACCUCGAUGGGCGUGGAUCGCAUUCUCGAUUUGUGGUACAAAAAGGACAGCAAUGCGGUGCCACCCAUCUCGGUACUGCAGCCCAUCUCCUCGAUUUUAAUUAAUUUCAACAACAAGCGAGUACCCAAACUGCAGGCGGAGGAUCAGGCAGUGUGGUGGGAUACUCUCAACAAAAUGCAGAAGCUGCUCCGCAAGGCGGCUGCCUCCUUGGGAGCCAGCAACAAAAUGUCUAAGGAGGACGUCCACAACUAUUUCAUGUCGGUGACGGAGCGUGAGGUGAUCAACGGCAUAUUGAACGUGAAAAACACAAAAAACCAUUGGCUGUCCUAUGUGAGGUACAUCAACAACAUAAACCUGCAGAAUCUGAAGAAGGCCUCGCUCUUCGUGGACAUCAUUAAUCGCAGCCUGGAUACGGAGUCGGCCAAGUUGCUAAGUGACCUGAGGGACACAAGGUUGCCGGCCAAGAUCGAGGCCGUCAACGCCCAGAAAUACACGGUGGAGUGGAUCGGACGGGAGGGUCUGGACAUUGAGACGCACGAGGAGUACCUGAAUCAUUUCAUCUCUCACUUCUAUAAGAACGUGGUGAAGCUGGUCGAUAGGGCGAUGCGCAAAGAAGACUCCAGUGCACAGGGGCAGAUAGUAACUGAGAUCCUUCAGCAUCUGCACGCUUGCAACAAUUCGGUCAAGAUAUUCUACGGUCGCGAGGAAAGUUGCGAACGCAUCAAGCGCUACAUGCUGGGGGAUUCAGAUAAGCCACUUGUCCUUUUCGGCGACGGAGGCUGCGGCAAGACACUGCUCUCCAAGAGCGUUGCCCUCGUGGCCACCGAAUGGUUCGCCCACGCGAGGCCGAUCAACGUCAUCCGCUUCCUGGGCACCACGCCGGAUUCCAGUGCCUUGACGGCCACCCUGAUUUCCAUCUGUCAGCAGAUCUCUUACAACUACAUGCUACCCUUCGAGAACAUACCCGAUGAUCUUGUCCCCUUAACAGCACACUUUAAGCAAUUACUAACUUACGCCAGCCCCGCCCAGCCGCUCACCAUCUACCUCGAUUCGGUCGACCAGCUAACGGGCACCCAAGACUCGAACAAGGUAUCCUGGAUACCCACGCGUCUGCCUCCGCACUGUAAGAUCAUAAUAUCGUGCGCCAACGAACCGGCGAAUCCGACGGUUUCGCACGAGUACCAUGUCCUGUGCAAGAUGAUCGACGUGGAGGAGAACUUCAUCGAGGUGAGCCUGGGCGAGGAUUUGGCCAUGAACGUGAUCAAGAUGUGGAUGAAGACGGCUUGCCGGGACUUGAACAACUAUCAGUGGCGCCUGGUGGCCAAUGCCAUUAGCAAGUGCUCCCUGCCGAUCUUUGUAAAGCUCGUCUUCGCCGAGAUCUGCCGAUGGCGAAGCUACACGCGUCAGGAGACGCACCUGGCCAACACGGUGAUGGACUCCAUUAUGCUGCUGUUCGAACGAGUGGAGAAGCAACACGGACGCAUUCUCGUCUUUCACGCCCUGGCCUAUAUAACCGCCUCCAAGUCGGGAUCCGAGAGCGAGCUGGAGGAUCUCAUCUCGCUGGACGACAAGGUGCUGGACGAUGUCUACCAAUACCAUUUGCCACCCACGCGGCGUAUUCCGCCACUUCUGUGGACCCGUAUCCGGAACGAUUGCCCAUAUCUGAGCGAACGCGAGGCGGACGGGGUUAAUGUGAUGAACUGGUAUCACCGGCAGUUCCGGGACACCGCCAAGGAGCGCUACUUCAAGAACAUGAACAUGGCCAUUUACUUUCACUCCAUGAUUGCAGAUUACUAUCUGGGCAUUUGGGGCGGCGGAGUGCCGAAACCAUUUAAGUUCACUGAGAUCCAGCGACACAGGUUUGGAUUGGCGGACAAGGAGGGAUCGGCAGAUCGUAAGGUGCAUCAGCCGUUGGUCUUCAGCAGCAAGGACGGUCUCUCCAAGCGAUACAAUCUGCGCAAGUUUGGUGAGCUGCCCUUUCACUUUGUUCCGCUCCGCCGCUUCAAGGAUCUCUUUGAGCAUGUGCUCUUCAACUACGACUGGCUGCAUGCAAAGCUUUCCAGCUGUCCACUCCAGGCGGUAUUGGCGGAUUUCGAGGAUGCCUCCAGCAACACGGAUGACAAGGAGGCCAAGCGAGAACUGAUGCUGGUGUCGGAUGCCCUGCGUCUGGGUGGCGCCAUCCUGGCCAUCUACCCCAAUAUGCUGGCACCGCAGCUGGUCGGUCGACUUCUGCCCGAGAUUGGUGAACCGAACAUCAAAAUGCUGUUGAGGGCUUGCGGCAGUGGCCCCAAGGACUGCGCCCUCAUUCGUAAUCAUUGUGCACACCCAGGAGGACCUCUCAAGUAUUCUCUGGAGGGUCACCAGUUUGCAGUCUUCGCCUUCUGCCUGACCAGCGAUAUGCGACAUGGUCUCCAUAUCCACCACUUUAUCACCUUUGAUUUGUCCACUUCGGUGACUCGGGACGUGAAUCCCGGCAUCGAGGGCAUUAUGCAGCAAUUGGUGCUUCCGGACAACAAGUGGGCCGCCGCCUACUCCAACAACAACCAGACAGUUCUACUCAACAUGCUCUCCAGCGAGUUUGUGGUGAUCAACAGUCCCUUCGAGGAGUCUCACGGUCCAGUCAGCGGUCUAUAUCUGCUCAAUCAAAAUUUGUUCAUCACCUGCAAGCUCCGAUGGGCUCUUGAUAUGCGCGGUAAUCUGGUUGAUACCUUUGAUGUACCUGGUGAAAAUGAUAGUUGGGAGAUACUGAGUGAGUAUGAUUUGUACAGAUUUUUCACAUCUGCGGAUUACAAUGUGGUUUUCUGGUCGGGCUCCAUCAACGACAUGCGCCUGCGACUGGACUCGUGCCGGGGUGGCCACUACUCCAACUCCCAGCGGCUCUAUAGCGCCAUGGUCCAUGAACAAGGAUCGAACCCGGCCUAUGGCUGUGCCAAGGAAAACUUUGAGGUCUCCGUUUUCGACUUCGUUGAGGAUGAGGCUACCGGAGAGAUCUGCUGGACUUUGGUGGAGAGCCUGCCGCGCUUUGAAAACGACGACAAGGAGAUGCUGCUGCAGUUGCGCAUUGAUCAACACGAUCGUAUGCUUUUGGGUACAGCGGAAGGAUUUGUGAUCUGGGAUUUUGGCAGCAGAAAGGAUGAAACUGAAGGGUCCCGUUUAAGGGAGGGUGCACUGUACCUGGCACUACCUCACGGGGUGCGAAACAUUACCACUCGCAUCAUGCAGUCCAACUCGAUCAUGGUUAGCUAGUUAGAUUAUGCCGUGGCCGGAGUACGCAAGAUGUACGUGUGGUGCCUCCAGUCCGGUCAGCUGGCCAAGGUCCUGGACGCCCACUUUGGGCGCAUUAUCCAGCUGGAACCGUUGACCAUUGGCAACUGGAACAACCUGGUCACCUCUUCCAUCGAUCGGUUCCGUAAAGGUGUGGAACAUCAACACAUCUUUGAGAAAGUCCACGUCGACCGCCACGAAUUGCAAAUCGACGAUAUCAGUUUGUCUGAGGUGGACAUGGCGGUGACCGUCACCCGCAGUUGCGUGGGUGUCUGGGAGACACGAUCCGGUCGCCUACUGGCCAAACUUGCUGACAGUCCUUUGGGCGCCAUUGUAACUCAUGCCGAGAUCACCCCGGAUGGCCGUUACAUCAUCUCCUCGGAGACGGGCAAGUUUCUAGUCUGGAACCGAGUGUCCGAACAGGUUGUUUUCAGGGAUGACCAACCUGGCAUACAGCAGAUCACUCUCAUGGACUACGGCUACAAAGUGCUCAGUUCCGUGCCUAACAUCAAUCAGCGGGACAUCCUGGCAGCAGCUGCUGGCGCAGCAGAUGAAGCCAACCGGCUAACGGCCAUAACAACUAUGCGUUCCGUACCAGAGGGAGCCAUCCUGUUCCGUUUCGACUUCCCCAUACGGAUGAUCACGGGCAUGCCCUUCCGGCAGUCGGUUAUUACGGCCGACAACGCCUACAUCGUGGUGGUCACCGUGGACAAGUCCAACAAGGAUUGCCUGGGAGUCUACAGCGCCACGAAUGGGGCUUUCGUCUCUAAGAUCCUGCUGAAGGGCUGCUCCAUCAAGGAGGUAAUCUCGCUGGUGCCGAUGCCGCACAAGGCCAACCAAGUGGCAGUGAUCAGCAGCGAGAAGGGCAGCGUCAUGGACAUCAAGACGAAGAAGCAUGUUCGCUCUAUCGCCAAGUGGGGAGGAAGCAUCACUCGGGACGGCAAAUGCGGUUUGUAUGCUCCUACCCGGGGAGGACUGGAAAUGUUGGAGCUGCGCAAGGGCACCACGGUGAAGACCUUCAUACCUAAGGUGGCCGAGGGCGUCUUCUCGGUGAUCUGCAUCUUCACGGAGAACGACGAGUAUGUGGCCUACUAUCACAGCGGCCGAAAAACCAUUCGAGUAUUCCGCACGGCGGACACCGAAAUGAUAGCCAACUACCGCUUGCAGGCGGAACUCACGGCUAUCAAGAGCAGCAAAGAUGGACGCGCCAUUGUUUUGGGAACUGUAGACGGCUGUAUGUCCGUGCUGGCCAUCGUGGAUCCCAAAAAGGAGGAGAUGAACGAGUACCUCAACGACUUGCCCUCCCGCGACGAGAACUGGAAGGCUAAGCUGGCCAAGAUGAAGGCCCGGGUGGGCUUCAAGGCUGCCAUUCGGGUUGCCACCAUCUCCUCGCGCUACGCCAAGACCAGCAAGGGCGGUGAGGAUGGCGAGGAGGAGCUGCUCACGGAGAUCACCGAGGACGUGGUGGUGCCAGUGGCCGACUAGCUUCUGGGUUAGUUGAUUUAUAAAUAUAACAUUUAUUUUCGCAUAUAGUUCAUGAGGAUGUUACAAAAAUACGCGGCGUGUCUACUGUGUGUGUUAUCCUGCGUGUACUGCGUGCUUGCGGCAUAGAAAUCAGUGUGUGAAUGUGUGUGCGGAUAAAACUGAAUGGGUCUUAAACUAAACAAUGGUUAGGGGGUAACUGCUAGUUGGUAAAAACUACGGUUAGCUAAUACGAGUAUAAAUUAGAGUUUUUAGCGCGCACUGAGCCCAACGCUUGGCUUGAAACAAUUUGAGGCGUGUUGAGUGUUGAUAGUUGAAAACAUAACCAGACAUAAUAUAAUAAUAACAAGAAUCGAUCCUAGUGGGCGCGUGUUUGCAAAACAAUGACCUUUCAAGUGUACACAAACCUUUAACAUGCUACUGCUUUCACUGAUAAUUUAAACAAAAUAGCGUAGGCAUAAACUAACAAGCUGUCGUCUAAUUAUUGGAACCCGGUCUCAGUCACAGUCGCCACUUCAUUCUCAAUCUCAACUCAGCCAAUCGAAUCUAAUUGAAUCGUAUACGGAACACAACUCAGUGCUAAUACAUAGACCGAUCAAUUGUUAUUAGUAAAAGUACAAUACAUAGUUCUGGAGGAGACAUAGUAAUAGUGUGAUCUGUUAAUUAUUGUUACUGUUGUUAACCUGCUUUCGACACUCACUGCUGCUCCUGUUACUACACAUUAUUACCGUGAAUAUAUAUAUGUGCCGAUUUGUAAGCAUAAAACUAUGUUAAAUAAUAAAUGAUUCCAUGUAGUUUA